AUGCGCAGCAGUGGCCCGUCAACUGUCCUGAUGUUAUGGGAGAUUAUCAAGGAUGAAUUGCAGGACAUCCUGAAGAAAUACUCCUUAGACUUCUCAAAAGAACAAAUGAAGAUUUUCAAUGACCCCAUUCAUGGACACAUGGAGCUGCACCCGCUGCUGGUGAAGAUCAUUGAUACUCCUCAGUUUCAGAGACUCAGACACAUCAAACAACUGGGAGGAACAUAUCUGGUGUAUCCGGGUGCUUCUCACAAUCGCUUUGAACACUCUCUUGGCGUGGCGUAUUUAGCAGGACGUCUGGUGAAGGUUCUUCACAACAAUCAGCCAGAGCUCAAAAUUACCAAACAGGAUUUCCUGUGUGUUCAGAUCGCUGGUCUGUGUCACGACUUGGGUCAUGGUCCGUUUUCUCAUGUAUUUGAUGGUCUGGUUAUUCCUCAAGCCAAAAGAAUAAAACAAUUAAGAGGCCUGCAUGAUGACAUCCCUGAAAAGUGGAAGCAUGAGCAGAUGUCAGUUCUGAUGUUCGAUGACAUUGUGAAGAGUCUGAAGGCUGAGAAUGAAGACGUGUUGAAAGAACAUGGACUGGAUGAUAAAGAUGCCACCUUCAUUAAAGAGUUAAUCGAAGGAGCAAAAACUUCAGAGUGGACAUACAAGGGCAGAGAUGAAGACAAAUCCUUCUUGUAUGAGAUUGUGGCAAAUAAACAGAACGGCAUUGAUGUGGACAAAUGGGACUAUUUCGCACGAGACUGUCAUCAUCUGGGCAUCCGAAACAGUUUUGACCAUCAGCGUCUGCUGAAGUUUGCUCGAGUCUGUGAAGUGAGCGGGAGAAAACACAUCUGCUUCAGAGACAAGGAGGCUGAUAAUGUUUAUGACAUGUUUCGCACCCGAUACACUCUCCAUCGCCAGGCCUAUCAGCACAAGAUCUGCAACAUCAUCGAAGACAUGUUUGCGGAAGCGCUCGUACGAGCUGAUCGUGAUCUUCAUGAAGGAAAACAUGAAGAUAUGCUGAAGAUUUCUGAAGCCAUAAAAACAGCAGAGGACUACAGCAAACUCACAGAUGAGAUCUUUGAGCAGAUCUUGUCCUCCACUGCUGACAAUCUGAAGAAAUCCAGAGACAUCUUGAACAAGAUCGUCAGAAGAAAACUGCCAAAGUUUGUUGGAGAAGCUCGACUGACUAAGAACAACAUCUCAAAGGAAGAGCUGACAGAAACAUGGAAGGCAGCAUUAGAGAAGUGGUUGAUCUGGAUCAUGGCAUGA